CCAGGGAAACCCCCAGCUAUUUCCCUUCAAAACGGUGGUUGAUGGAGACAUGGAGUUCGUCACCGGCUACCGUGCGGAGAUCCUGGACUUUGCCGAACUCCUCUUUGGCUGGUAUCAGCGCUUCCUGCUGGACUCGGCCUGCCGGCCCGGCCACGAGCAUCGCAAGCGGCAGGAGGGCUCGAUCCGCCGCCUGCCUCCGGACCCGGCCCUCUGGGUCCUGCACGUGCUGCCCAACCGGGCCCUGGCCUUCACCAUCACUGACCCCGGGCAGCAGGGGGCCAGCCGCUUCUACAGCGAGGAGGCCCUGGCGCUGCGGGACCUGGACCGCUUCAUCACCUUCGUGGGCACUGGGGAGGGGGAGGGGGAGGAGGAGGAGGAGCGGCAGCAGCAGGAGGACCCCCCCGAGACAGGGCAGCCGCUGUGGCGCGUGGACCACCUUCUGCUGGUGACAGACAAGCACGGCACCAUCCUGGGCUUUGACUUCUUGCUGGGCGGGGCCUCGGGGCCCCCCGGGCAGGCGCCCCUGGAGCCCCGUGCCAUCGCCCUCCUCUGCCACAGCAUGCUCUGCCCUCUGGGGGCCGGGGAGCCCCGCAGGCCCAAGCUGCUCACGGUCGGAGACCCUGCCUUGCACAAGUCCCUGGAGCCGCUGCUCUCGCGGCUGGGCGUGAAAAUGAGCAGGGGCCCGAUGCGGGGCUGGGGGCCGAAGCCGGCGUUCACCUUCCCGACCACGCGGGUGCGAGCCUGCCACGUGUGCAAGAGGCACAGCUUCGAGGGCCAAGUCACCGCCUGCCAGCACUGCCGGGCGGUCCUCUAUUGCUCCGAGCGCUGCCGCAAGCUGGACUGGGACCGCCGCCCCGAGGACAUUGGGCACCAGUUCUGGUGCCAGCGCAUGGCAGGCUACAUGAGCCACACACGGGAGCUGGCCACCCUGCCCUUCACCUUUGCAGCAGAGGUGACCAGUGAGAACUUCAACAAAGAGGGCUUCCUCUCGGCCCGGGGCCUGACCCGCGGCUACUGGGCUGCCGAGAGCAUGCUGGUGAGGGCACCCGGCUACGGCGUGGGGCUGCAGGGGACCUCCGAGAAGCCGCUGGCCUUCCUGCGGAGUGGUAACCCCUUUGAGGCGCUGCGGCCAGAAGGAGGGACGGCUCUCCCCCCGGCCCCCCCCAAGCCCCCCGCCCCCCGGACGUUCUUUGGCUCCUGGAAAGAAUACUACCAGUGGCGGGGGCUGCCCCUCGGAGCCCCCCUGGCUGUCAUCCUGAGCUACCCCCUCACGGCCUACUACAUCAUCACCCAGCUGGCCCCUCAGCACUUUCCGGAGCUGAACAUCCUGAACAAGCAGUCCCUCAAGAUCCACGUGGUGGAGGCUGGCAAAGAAUUUGGAGUCCUGAUGGUCUUCUGGGAGCUCUCGGUGCUGCUCCCCCACGUCUCCCUGGAGCUGCUCUUUGUGGGGGACACGCUGCCCCCUGAACUGGACGGCCAGCAGUUUCUCUUGCAGAGAGAUGAGGAGCAAGGCGUUUCCGUCCGGCCUGGAUUAGCCCCCCGCUCCAAAGGGGGCCGCCGUGAGCUGCAGCUGGGGUUCAGUGCCCGGCCCUACCACCUGCUGCAAGCACCCAAGCCAGACCUGGUCAUUGGGUUCAACUCUGGCUUUGCCCUCAAGGAAACCUGGCUGAGUUCCCUGCCGCGUCUCCAGUCCCUCCGGGUCCCGGCCUACUUCACCGAAUGCAGCGAGUACAGCUGUGCCGUGGACGAGGCGGCCGUCUCCAUGGCGACAGGGGGCAGCACCAGCCCGGCCCAGAUCAACCCCUUCCGCUCGCCUUUCCGGCAAGCGGGCAUCGACAACGCCAUGCCUUGGUAUUCCAACGCAUUCAUCUUCCAUCUGAUCUACAAGGCGUCAGCCAACAGCCACCGGCAGACCCCCGCCCCUCCCCUGCAGCACCUCCCGGCCAACAGGACCGCCCUGGAUUCGGCCGAGUCAGGGCACAGCCGGCGCAGGGAGAAGAGGCAGGCCCGUGGCGGAGGACGUCGGCGCAAGUGAUGGAGCCGGGGGGGGGGGCGGGCAGGGAGAGGGGCAGAGCAAA